CCUUCUUUAAAUAAAUAUUUAUAUAGACAGUGGCGCAAAACAUAUUCUUAGUUAUUAUGAUAAUGUCGGACAAAAAUCUUACAGAAAAGGAACAUAGAUAUGAGGAUUAUCCAAUUUUACGCACAAUUCAGGAAAAUGUUAUAGGAAACGACUUAAUAGUACACGGACCAUAUGGACCUCGGAAAGUUGUUUACUGUGAUUAUACCGCAUCUGGAAGAUGCUUAGCAUUCAUAGAGGACACAAUCAGACAGCAUGUAUUACCGGUGUAUGCUAAUACCCACUCUUCUACUGGUCACAAUGCUCUGCAAACUAAUAAACUUAGAGAAGAAGCCAGGCAUAUAAUAAAAGAAUGUGUGAAUUGUGGCAAGAAUGACGUAGCUAUUUUUACUGGUAGUGGUUCUACUUCAGCCUUUCACAAAUUAGCGUGGGCUUUAAAGAUCAACUUGCUUAGAGUGGCGGAAGAAACGGUUGUGAUAGUUGGACCAUAUGAGCAUCACUCCAACACACUCCUUUGGAGGGAGUAUGGAACACAAGUUGUUCGUAUUAAAGAUGAUGAAAAUGGUUAUGUUGAUAUUACACAUCUUGAAGAAGAGUUGAAGUUUUGGAAAGAGAAAAGGCAACAUGUUUUAGUCGUCAUGUCAGCAUGUAGUAAUGUCACAGGUAUUCUAACAGACACAGACGCCGUAGCAGUGUUAGCACACACUCAUGGGGCUUUAGCUGUAUUUGAUUACGCUUCUGGAGGUCCUUAUCUGAAAAUGGACAUGAAUUCUUCAGAAAAAGGUUAUAAAGAUGCUAUCAUUCUGAGUCCACAUAAAUUUGUUGGUGGUCCAGGAACUCCAGGUAUACUUUUCGCAAAGAAAUGGAUAUUCAAAAAUUCUGUUCCUGAUAGAACAGGAGGAGGAACUGUUAUAUAUGUGACGAAGCAAAUACACUGUUAUAGCAGUAAUAUAGAAGACAGAGAAGAAGGAGGGACACCUGAUAUCAUCGGCUGUAUCAGGGCAGGACUUGUGUUUCAACUCAAACAGAAUGUUGGUACAGAUCUGAUACAUCAAAGAGAAGAAGAAGCUUGUCAGAAAGCUUUCAACAUCUGGUCAAUUAAUCCAAGUAUUCAUAUUUUGGGAAGUAAAACAGCAAAUCGAAUACCAAUAUUUUCUUUUUUGACUAUCCAUCAUGCUUCUGGUAAACUUGUUCAUCAUAAUUUCAUUUCGUUAUUGCUGAAUGAAUUAUUUGGGAUACAAGCUAGAAGUGGCUGCGCAUGUGCUGGUCCAUAUGGACAGGAUUUGAUGGGCAUAUCAGAACCUCUAGCAAAGAAGUACAUUACUUAUCUUAAGGAUAAACGUCAGGGGUACGAAAAGAAUGGACAAACAAAACUGGAAAUAGUAAAGCCAGGAUUCACCAGACUUAAUCUGCCAUAUUUUAAUGACGAUGAGCACAUAAAUUAUAUAAUACAAGCUGUUGACAUGGUUACAAAGCAUGGAUGGAAACUCUUACCUCAGUAUACAUUCGAUGGGCAGUCUGGAACUUGGCAUCAGAGAGCAGAAGGUCAUAUGGACGUAAACACACUAAUUCGUCUACGAGAUCUUGACUUCAAUCACAAGAGGCAUUUAGACUGGACGACAAACUCGACAGUCAAGAAAGGACCUUCAUUUAAAGAAAUUUUGAAUAAAGCUCAUAAGAUGUUUAAAGAUACAGAAACAAGUUCUAAGACCCUGAAUGUGUCGGAUACAAGGUUUUCAAGAGAUGCUCUGCCCCGAGAGCGGUGUUAUCGCUGGUUUCUAACACCAGAAGAAGCUACAAAAAUGUUGUCAAAUUCUGACCUCCCUGUUACCGGAUUCAGGAAAAGGAGAUACAGACAUCCGUUUAAAGCAGUCCAAGCUGUUUUAGGAUCACACAAUGUUGAUAUCACAGAAACAUUUCGGAAAGGACACUCGACCGAAAGAUCUGAGAAAUCAGUUGGCAGCAAAAGUUCUAAAGACAGCAAUAAUAACUGUGAAUCAGAUGUUUUUGUAAAUUCCCUUCGAACUGAAGACAAAAAGGGGGGUGCCUUUGUCAAUAAACAAAUUACUUUGAAAAAACGAUUUUACAGUGAUUCCGAUGUGCUUAGACAUUUUGAACCAAGGAGUAUCAAGCAAAGCAGUAGGGUUAAAAGGGAUUUAUAACAGAAGAAGAAGAUUUUCCCCCCUAAUUAUGGACAUGACAAUGAUAAACACCGAUGACUCAGCUGAUGAAUCCAUUAAAUUACAUAAAAUCCGUCAUGUAUAACGAAAGAAACGACAUGUACAGCUUGUAUUUAUAUUAAUUUCUAAAUCUUGUUGUGUAUUCGUAUAUUUAUAUUUACCUGAAUAAACAUUAUUUUUAUUAUUA